AGGUGAUAUUGAUAUUGGCCAAGGCACUAUAAGGACAAGUACAUACAGCAGUUACAAUAAAUCGAGGCAGAUCAGGGGCGGACUGACAACUCAUGGGCCCCCGGGCAAUAGGGGAUCAUGGGGCCCCUGUGUCCUUGCCCAAACUCAAAAAUGCCUAUGAAAAAGGUACCAGGGGCAUCUCAUGGGUCCCCCUACUGACCCGGGCCGUCGGACAGUGCCCGAGUUUCCAAAUGGUCAGUCCUCCCCUG